GUCCGAUCGCACUCCGUUGCCUCGUACAGCUACGCAUUCGCAUCGCACCUCUUUCCAUGGCGCAGAGCUGACGAAUCCCCCCCAACCGGCGCAAACACAACAACCUGCAACCACGCUCUGGAUCGGCACCUCUGAGCAACACAAAACUUCAACGAGGACUAUUGCUACCCUGAACGAGCUUGUAUGACCCUCGAAACGGCUCAUAUAGUCCUGUUCCACCCUCAUUUGCACACUGACACCUACGUACUCAAGGCAAGACUCGCUACCCACCAUGUAUAGCAACCGCUCCCAUCCGCUCCUUGAGCAGGUCCCCUUGACCGUCUCUCCGUUCAUUUCCCUCCCCACCGCUACAACACUCUCCUACAACUACAAGGCUAUGCCCUCAGCCCUGCCCCCCUCAGCACUAGGCGUACCAGCCGCAGUCACCGACGAUGCAGCAGCUGGAGACGCCGCCGCAAAUAAACCCAAGUACGUGAUCUCGCAGUCGGGACACGCAGCCCAUCCGGAUGAUAUCAUCGCCUCGUGUCGCGCGCUACAAGCACACAUUACAAAGAUGCAGGAGGACGCCGAGCGCGACCUACGCGACCUCGAGACCAGGAUAAAAGAGCGAGAGCUGGCUGAGAAGAGAAGAGUUGCGCCCGGCUGGCUGGACAGUGAAGCCCGGAUACUCGAGCCGGAAAAGGUCGGCGGGCCAUCCGAGGAGGAGGAUGGGCAUCAGACAUCGGCUGUAGCGGGGACCAGUGAGAUGCCGUUGAACGAUCAAGGUGCGGAGCUAGACCGAGUGUUUGGCGGGUUGAGCAUGAAGUGAAGCCUCUUCGGCUGAUUGAGAUCUUUUGUUUUAUUCGCGGGCGUUGUGCAUGAAGGCCGGGGCGGCCUCAUCUCUUGAUACCUUUCACACGGCUAUCUUGCCGUUGCCGCGACGGAUUUGGUUGGAUUGGCAAACCAUCUGCAUGGGGGGAAUCAGACAAUGCUUUGGCUACUGAUGCUGCGACACAGAGUCGCUUGCGCGAGCCUGAUCAAAAGCCAAGCCAAGCCAAGCCAAGCCAAGCCAGCCAGCCUGGGUAGAGCGCGGCUGCCUGAAUACUUGUACACACUGGGCAAUCUACUACAUCGACUAGAAGGAAAAGUAUGCAAAGGGUCCAGCUGUAUACAUUCCAAGCAGCCUUCAGGAGAUGGGAACAUUGUGCAAGCAGCAUGUCUUGGUACGCUGCACUCCUGAGGAUACUCCUCAAGCUGGUUGGACUUGUAGGUAAUGACCUUCUCUCAAUUGACAAGAGCAAAACGCUCCGUCACAAG